AUGUGUAAUCACUUGAUUUUCUACACGAAAAAUUUACUUGUUGCGCUGGAAAAAGACAACCACGCGAUCACUGAUACGGUCGUUGCCAAGCAGGAAGCCGCUACGCAGUGGCAGCUCUGCAAUUAUUCAUGGACUGGUUCGUGGAUCCAGAUGACUCUAGAUCAUCAAAAAGUAGGACAAGAGUCGUUCCGUCGAGUGUCUGCGGGACAGGUCCAGCACUGCCAGAUUGACUUAACCCACGACGAUCAGAUGGGCAGCGACAGCACCUAG